AUGUCAGAUUAUCUCAACGAAGAGUUGAUUUUUGAAAUUUUCAUAAGACUACCACCCAAAUCCCUCCUCAGGUUUCGAUCACUCUCCAAAUCAUUAUGUUCUUUUAUUUCCAGCCCCCAUUUCAUCCGCAUGCACACUUUUCGAUCCCCUAAAAAACUCCUCAUCCAACACCAAACUUAUGAUAAUGAAGACUUUUAUACUUUACAUUCAGAAGACCAAAUUCCAUUAAAUCCCAGACGUGGAUACAUUCGUACAACACCAGUAAAGGCUCCAUACCUCAAAUAUUCCAUUAUUGUUGGUACAUGUAAUGGCAUUUUCUGUCUGUUUGAUUAUCAAGAAAACCAUAUUAGUCUUUGGAACUUUUCAAUUAGACGCAAGAUAACCCUGCCUGAUUGUCCUUCGAGAUGCUUUUCUGGGGUACAGAUUGGGUUUGGUUUUGACCCAAUCACCAAUGAUUACAAGAUUGUUAAAUUACCCACAUACGGAGGAAAAGAAGAAAGUUCAUUUGUUUACACUAUUAAGACAAACGCAUGGUCUGAGAUUGCUUCCCCUACUCCUACUUUUCAUGAGGUGUUAUUAAAUGCGUGUUUUGUCAAUGGGGUUUUACAUUGGGUUGUAGAACGUCAUUAUAAUAAUUUACAUGACGUAGAGCGUUUUUAUAUACUGAAAUUCGAUUUGGGCACUCUUGUUUUUGACAUGAUCACGUUGCCAGAACCCAGCAGCAAAACAGCAGGACUAACAAGUGUACGAGGUUCUCUAGCUGUGAUUUCUGGGGAUUGUGAUGGUAGUUGGAUUUGGGUGAGGAGGGAUGCUUCUUGGAAUGUGGUUUAUAAAAUGAAAAGAAAGCAUUUAUUUGAUGGAGGAUUAUUGAGUGUUGUGCAAUUCACCACUAAUGGUGAUUUGUUGUUGUUGUGUGAGGGGUUCCAGAUUUAUAAUCCUAAGAUUGGGGUUCCAUUAAGAUUAGUUGACUUCAGUUACCAUUCUUUCAUAGUUGGCACGGAAAUUUGUGUUGAAACCCUUCAAUUGUUUGACGUGGCGACUGCAACUUCUUGA